UGAUUAUUCCUCCAGCGGUUUACCUUACUUAUUUUAUUAGCGAAUUACGGCAGGAGGAAAAAUGUACUUUGAAACAUCUGUUUCGUCAUUCGUAUGCACAUUACUCAUAUCGCUGUGUGCGCAAGAACGAAAACCGAAGAUACGACGGAAAAAGAGUUUGACCUUUCCUCAUCGGAGGUAGCGAGAGGCAUCCGCGCAAUCAGCACACGGCACAAAUCGCACAUUUUACUUUCCCGCUCAGUAGUUACAGUUGUUACAUAGAUAGAACUGAAACGCGUAAACUGCUUGGAGGUGUGGUUAAUUGACUGAUGGUGUAGGAACGUGCGUGCAGAAUAUCUGACAUCCGCAAUGGAAUUUUGUAUAAAAAAUUAUGUGCAUUUCGAGGGAGAAAUAUUGCAGAGUCUGAAAGACAACGGUGUAGAGCAUCGGAUAAAAGCUAGCAGUGGACUAUGGCUAGGGCCGUUAGUCGGUUUAAGUGCAAUUUUAACUCUGCUGCAAGAGGAUGCUAGUUAUUCUGAAAUAUGCCUUAUCGUAGGUUUAACUGGGAUUGGUCUUGUCGUUAGUUCUAUAUGCUUAUAUCUGAGAUUAGCAAUAGAGAAGAUCACAGUCAGGGACUUCCAAGUUGCAUAUUUUCUACCAGCUAUAAUCACAUCCUUGUCGUACCUCCUGGUUGCAAAUAAAGGAUUGCUGGUGAGCACCACAUGGGGCUUAGGUGUCGCGACUUUAGGAACAUGGGGCGUUCCCCAAUUGAUGUCCACAUUUCCUCGUUGCUUCACGAUCGGAGAAGCAACGGCAGUCAUGCAUGCAUGUGUUUUAUUUCUGAUAUCCGUGGCGACCAACUUGCCACUGAGAUACCACCUGCCGCCGAUUCACGACGAGGAUAUCGCUACGGUUCUGAUACAGAUUGCCAUGCUGUACGCGAUAUCCGUCUGUUUAAUAUCUGGUUAUUUUCCAAUAUUCCAUAUGACUAAAAAUUUUUAUGCGAUAACCGUUAGCCUUUUGCUUAUCGUCGUCUUACCAUUAAUGUACGUCCUGUUGGACCAAAAUCCAGUAACUUGGAUGUUUUACUUUAUCUUAGGUGAAACAAACAAGAUUAUCUUGAUUCUAUAUUGGACUAUAUGUUUAUCAUUAAGCGUAGCUGUUCUUAUGUACCAGGUAUUAUUAAAGCUGCAGGCGACGACCGCAACGAGAAAAGUGUUUCACGUAUUAGCUGUACUUGUGUACAUACCUGGUUUGCUGUACGAUCGCGUAUUGUUAUAUUUAGCCAGCGGAGUAAUAAUUGUAUUAUUUAUACUUCUUGAAUUAUUAAGAUAUCUACGAAUACCACCGAUGGGAGGAAUGUUGCAACAAGGAUUCUCCGCGUUCGUCGAUGAGAAGGAUAGUUCGAUUUCCUUGACACCUCUUUAUUUAUUUUGCGGCUUGUCGUUUCCGCUUUGGAUGCCAACGAACAAUCUGUCGUUAUUAGUUAUGCUCAGUGGCGUAUUAAUUAUCGGAGUAGGCGAUACUGCCGCCAGUUGCGUCGGUAGCAGAUGGGGCUCUCGCAAAUGGGCCGCCGAUUUGGAUAAAUCCGUCGAGGGGACGAUCGCUUGCAUUCUUAGUCAAGUUGGAUUAAUAUGUCUUUUAGCAUUUAUGGGCCACGUGGGCACCGGUCCAUUAUUCGUCCGAAGUUUGGUAGCGAGCGUCGCGCUAUCGUUCGUCGAAGCACGAACGAAUCAGGUUGACAAUUUGGCAUUGCCUCUGCUGAUGUACGUAUGCCUGAUGGUUUAGGCUUUAAAGACAGCCUUUUUAGACAGUUGUUGGGUCAGUUCUCCUUUAUAAUAAUUGAGAAAUUGAAAAUUCCUUAAUCCCCUCCUAUCACGUUACAUAGGCGAAGUAACAAGUUAAUAAGGUGACAAGGAUUUUGUAUAAUAUUUCGACUUGUUGAUAUUAGAAAUAAGUCGAUGUUACAGUUUUAAUGUGACCAUGACCGAAAGUAUGACCAUGUACACGUCAUAAAAUUUAAUAACUGCUCGGAGAAAGAGGAGAGUCGCCUGUUAAAUUUUUACAAACGGACAAUAAGUAACAACAAUUGAUUUAGCAACUGAGAAACGUUCGGUUGUUCAAUGCGACGUGGACCAAAAGCACGUAAUUAGCGUUGUUUCAGACUAAUUCUUCACACUCCUUUACAUACGUACAUAUAUACUGUGUUCGGCUAGUGAUGGGAAACAUUUUAAGGGGUAAUUCCACAAGUGGAAAUAAUGAAAAUCAAUAAUAAAAAAAUGGGUCAAGUUUUUUGUUACCUUGGCUUGUGGAAUUCCUCCUUAAAAUUUUUCUUAGUAGUCGAACGUCUUGUUUUUAGAAGAUGCAUAUACAUAUUUCCUUACUGUACAUACCAUAAUUUUAGAAAUAUUCCAUUGCAUUAAUUUGUUUUACGUACAAAAUAACGACACUUAAAAUUAGCUGCUAGUCAAAAAUAUGCCUCCUUUUAAUUAUUCUCUUCAUCAUUAUUGUGUCGGUUAAAGGUUGCGUUAUUUGUAAUUUAUGCUUCGGUCAAAUAACAAGAUUUCUAUUUAUCACUGUUGCGAAGCUUGUUAAAUGGUAUAUGUACAUAUUUUUGUAUAUAUGUAAGUAUCCGAAUGACGCGAGGUCGAGCCGGGACUGUGACACUUGCGCGUCCAUCCAAUUUUCUAUUCUCUUCAAUUUAAAAUAAGAAAAGGAAGAAAUAUUAAUGUACGCACUUCUCUUCUUAUAUCUCGUGUACUUUGAUAUCGCGUAAUGCACAAUUUACUCAUUCCUGUCGAAGCAUUUUAUAUAUUGUAUUUCCCUAUAAACAAGUCUGUAAGCGAAAUUUAUUAUUGUCAAAUAAAAUAUUUUUAUAAUUGUGUA